AAUGAGCGGCGGAAGCGGCUCCGAGGGGGCGGGUCCGGGAGGCUGUGCGUGUCUUGUGAGAGCUCUUGAACCAAGUCAGUGCUGGAGUCGGCUAGGCGGCUGGAAACGGCGGCUGCCGCCGGUGACUCAGGGAGGCGGGAGGCGGGGGAGGAGCUCUUCCUGCAGGCGUGGAAACCAUGGUGCUCACGCUCGGAGAAAGUUGGCCGGUAUUGGUGGGGAAGAGGUUUCUCAGUCUGUCCGCAGCCGACGGCAGCGACGGCAGCCACGACAGCUGGGACGUGGAGCGCGUCGCCGAGUGGCCCUGGCUCUCCGGGACCAUUCGAGCUGUCUCCCACACCGACGUUACCAAGAAGGAUCUGAAGGUGUGUGUGGAAUUUGAUGGGGAAUCUUGGAGAAAAAGAAGAUGGAUAGAAGUCUACAGCCUUCUAAGGAGAGCAUUUUUAGUAGAACAUAACUUGGUUUUAGCUGAACGAAAGUCACCUGAAAUUUCUGAACGAAUUGUACAGUGGCCUGCAAUAAUGUACAAACCUCUGUUGGACAAAGCUGGUUUGGGAUCCAUAACUUCUAUUCGCUUUCUGGGAGAUCAACAAAGAGUAUUUCUUUCUAAAGACCUUUUGAAGCCUAUACAGGAUGUAAACAGUCUUCGACUUUCUCUUACGGAUAAUCAGAUUGUCAGUAAAGAAUUUCAAGCUUUGAUUGUGAAGCAUUUAGAUGAAAGCCAUCUUUUAAAAGGUGACAAAAACUUAGUUGGUUCAGAAGUAAAAAUUUAUAGCUUGGACCCGUCUACUCAGUGGUUUUCAGCAACCGUUGUAAAUGGAAACCCAGCAUCAAAAACUCUUCAAGUCAACUGUGAGGAGAUUCCAGCACUGAAAAUUGUUGAUCCGUCACUGAUUCAUGUUGAAGUUGUACACGAUAACCUUGUGACAUGUGGUAAUUCUGCAAGAAUUGGAGCUGUAAAACGCAAGUCUUCUGAGAAUAAUGGAACCCUGGUUUCCAAACAAGCAAAAUCUUGCUCUGAGGCCUCUCCCAGUAUGUGUCCUGUGCAGUCUGUACCUACAACAGUUUUUAAGGAGAUACUGCUUGGCUGUACUGCAGCAACUCCACCUAGUAAGGACCCAAGACAGCCAAGUACUCCCCAGGCUGCCAACUCUCCACCUAACCUUGGAGCAAAAAUUCCUCAAGGAUGUCAUAAACAGAGUUUACCAGAGGAAAUUUCUUCCUGUCUAAAUACAAAGUCUGAAGCUCUGAGAGCAAAACCAGAUGUCUGCAAAGCAGGGUUGCUCUCAAAGUCCUCUCAGAUUGGAACUGGAGACUUGAAAAUUCUGAGUGAGCCAAAAGGCAGCUGUACUCAGCCUAAGACAAACACUGAUCAGGAAAACAGAUUGGAGUCUGUUCCACAAGCAUUGACUGGCCUUCCGAAGGAGUGCUUACCUACAAAGGCUUCUUCUAAGGCAGAAUUGGAAAUUGCCAAUCCUCCUGAACUGCAGAAGCACCUAGAACAUGCACCUUCCCCAUCGGAUGUUUCAAAUGCACCAGAAGUGAAAGCAGGUGUCAAUAGUGAUAGCCCUAAUAACUGUUCAGGAAAAAAGGUAGAACCUUCAGCUUUAGCUUGCCGAUCACAGAAUUUAAAGGAAUCUUCAGUAAAAGUAGAUAAUGAAAGCUGUUGUACAAGAAGCAACAAUAAAAUCCAGAAUGCCCCAUCCAGGAAGUCGGUUUUGACAGACCCAGCUAAACUCAAAAAGCUGCAACAGAGUGGUGAGGCCUUUGUACAGGAUGAUUCUUGUGUGAACAUCGUGGCACAGUUGCCGAAGUGCCGAGAGUGUCGCUUGGACAGUCUCCGCAAGGAUAAGGAGCAACAGAAGGACUCACCUGUGUUUUGCCGCUUCUUUCACUUCAGGAGGUUACAAUUCAACAAACAUGGUGUGUUGCGGGUAGAAGGCUUCUUAACACCAAACAAGUAUGACAGUGAAGCGAUUGGCUUGUGGUUACCUUUAACCAAAAACGUUGUGGGGAUUGAUUUGGACACAGCAAAGUACAUCUUGGCCAACAUUGGAGACCACUUCUGUCAAAUGGUGAUUUCUGAAAAGGAAGCUAUGUCAACUAUUGAGCCACACAGACAGGUUGCUUGGAAGCGAGCUGUCAAAGGUGUUCGAGAAAUGUGUGAUGUGUGCGACACCACCAUUUUCAACCUGCACUGGGUGUGUCCUCGUUGUGGGUUUGGAGUAUGUGUGGACUGCUACCGGAUGAAGAGAAAGAAUUGCCAACAGGGUGCCGCUUACAAGACUUUCUCUUGGCUAAAAUGUGUGAAGAGUCAGAUACAUGAACCAGAGAACUUAAUGCCCACACAGAUCAUUCCUGGAAAAGCACUCUAUGAUGUUGGAGACAUUGUUCAUUCUGUAAGAGCGAAAUGGGGAAUAAAGGCAAACUGCCCUUGUUCAAACAGGCAAUUCAAACUCUUUUCAAAGCCAGCCUCAAAGGAAGACCUAAAACAGACUUUAGCUGGAGAAAAACCGACUCUUGGUGCAGUGCUCCAGCAGAAUCCCUCAGUGUUGGAGCCAGCAGCUGUGGGUGGGGAAGCAGCCUCCAAGCCAGCCGGCAGCAUGAAGCCUGCCUGUCCAGCCAGCACAUCUCCUCUAAACUGGCUGGCUGACCUAACCAGCGGGAAUGUCAACAAGGAAAACAAGGAAAAACAACCAACAAUGCCAAUUUUAAAGAAUGAAAUCAAAUGCCUUCCACCCCUCCCACCUUUAAGCAAAUCCAGCACAGUCCUCCAUACGUUUAACAGCACAAUUUUGACACCCGUAAGCAACAACAAUUCUGGUUUCCUCCGGAAUCUCUUGAAUUCUUCUACAGGAAAGACAGAAAAUGGACUCAAGAAUACACCAAAAAUCCUUGAUGACAUCUUUGCCUCUUUGGUGCAAAAUAAGACUUCUUCUGAUUUAUCUAAGAGGCCUCAAGGACUAACGAUCAAGCCCAGCAUUCUGGGCUUUGACACUCCUCACUAUUGGCUUUGUGAUAAUCGCUUGCUGUGCUUGCAAGACCCCAACAAUAAGAGCAACUGGAAUGUGUUUAGGGAGUGCUGGAAACAAGGGCAGAUAGGGUCUUUGCUAAAGGAACACUCUGCUCUUGGACAAGAAUUUGGGAGAACUGCCAAACAGAAAGAUCCAGUGAUGGUGUCUGGAGUGCAUCAUAAAUUGAACUCUGAACUUUGGAAACCUGAAUCCUUCAGGAAAGAGUUUGGCGAGCAGGAAGUAGACCUAGUUAAUUGUAGGACCAAUGAAAUCAUCACAGGAGCCACAGUAGGAGACUUCUGGGAUGGAUUUGAAGACGUUCCAAAUCGUUUGAAAAAUGAAAAAGAACCAAUGGUGUUGAAACUUAAGGACUGGCCACCAGGAGAAGAUUUUAGAGAUAUGAUGCCUUCCAGGUUUGAUGAUCUGAUGGCCAACAUUCCACUGCCCGAGUACACAAGGCGAGAUGGCAAACUGAACUUGGCCUCUAGGCUGCCAAACUACUUUGUUCGGCCAGAUCUGGGUCCCAAGAUGUAUAAUGCUUAUGGAUUAAUCACUCCUGAAGAUCGGAAAUAUGGAACAACAAAUCUUCACUUAGAUGUAUCUGAUGCAGCUAAUGUCAUGGUCUAUGUGGGAAUUCCCAAAGGACAGUGUGAGCAAGAAGAAGAAGUCCUUAAGACCAUCCAAGAUGGAGAUUCUGACGAACUCACAAUAAAGCGAUUUAUUGAAGGAAAAGAGAAGCCAGGAGCACUGUGGCACAUAUAUGCUGCAAAGGACACGGAGAAGAUAAGGGAAUUUCUUAAAAAGGUAUCAGAAGAGCAAGGUCAAGAAAACCCAGCAGACCACGAUCCUAUUCAUGAUCAAAGCUGGUAUCUAGACCGAUCAUUAAGAAAGCGUCUUCAUCAAGAGUAUGGAGUUCAAGGCUGGGCUAUUGUACAGUUUCUUGGGGAUGUGGUGUUUAUCCCAGCAGGAGCUCCACAUCAGGCAAGAAUCAUUACUUUUUCUUUAAUCUCUUUAUAUUAUGAACUGUUGGGUUUGUUACUGGUAUCACUUGGUGUUUUUCAGGUUCAUAACUUGUAUAGCUGCAUCAAAGUGGCGGAAGAUUUUGUUUCUCCAGAGCAUGUUAAACACUGCUUCUGGCUUACUCAGGAAUUCCGAUAUCUGUCACAGACUCAUACUAAUCAUGAAGAUAAAUUACAGGUGAAGAAUGUUAUCUACCAUGCAGUGAAAGAUGCAGUUGCUAUGCUGAAAGCCAGUGAAUCCAGUUUUGGCAAACCUUAAUCUCCCUGCGCAUUGGAAAUGAAUUACAGGCAGCUGUUCAAACUCUUCAGGCAGGAUUCCUGUGGACUUUGAGAUUCAUGUUACCUCAUCAUCUUUUUUAAACUGUACCCAACUUGUGAGGGUACUCUGUCUAAUGUAUAUUUCUAGUGUUUACAGACAGUAAAUGUGUAUAUGUAGUAACUAUUUACAGAACAUGCAUCCUUAAACUGUGACUUCUCAGCUAGUGCAGAACUUUUACCAGGCUGUAAAAGCAAAACCUCGUAUCAGCUCUGGAACAAUACCUGCAGUUAUUCUUCAGCUGUUUGGACAACUUAGAUUGGGUUUAUAACUAUUUGGAAUCACUGCACAGUUUAUUUGGGUUGUAUUUUGUUUUGUGUCUGAGUCCCCUCCCUCUCAUCCCUUAGGGUCCAGAAGAGCAAUGGAGGAAGUGACAGCUCAUGUUGCAGUUCUCAUUGUAUGGCAUAGGACUGGCAUUAUAUAGCAGAAAUCAACUACUGUACAAUUUCUUGGGGUUAACCAUCUUUAGUUAAAUGGAAUUUUAAUUUAAAUGAAGCUUUGCUAAUUUUAAGUGUUACGCAUUUUGCAUUAAAAUAUUCAUAUAAUA